AUGACCCCAGAGGAGGAGGAAGGCUCCCGGGCAGGGUCCCCAGAGCGGAUCCGUAUCCGGGUGGAGGAGCAGUCGUUCUGGGUGGAGAAGAGCUUGCUGGUGGAGAGCAGCGAGUACUUCCGUGCUCUUUUCCGCUCGGGCAUGAGGGAGAGCACCCAGGAGGAGAUCGGGCUGGGGGAGCUGAGCGCGGGCGGGUUCCUCGCCAUGCUGCGGGUGCUGGCGGGCGAGAGGCCCAUCCUCGGCAGCGAGGAGACCUUCCAGGCGGUCGAGUGUGCCGCCUUCCUGCAGGUGAAGCCCUUGGCCAAAUACUUGAUCCACUCCAUCAACUCCGACAACUGCCUCCUGCUGUACCAAGCUGCCGCCAUCUUCGGUCUCCUGGACCUUUUCCACUGCGCCGCCCUCUACAUCAGGGACAGCUACGCCGAGCUCGAGGAGGACCUGGACUGCCUCUCCGCCGACCUGCUGGCCUACGUGGAGACCCUCCUGCCCAGCACCUUCGUGGCAGUAGGAGCCCACACGCCCACCUUCGAGUUUCUGGAGGAUCUCUCCAGGACCAUCUGCUACCUGGACGAGGAAACCAACACGUGGAGGACUCUCUCCUGCCUCCCACUGAGUGCCAGCACGUUCCUAGCCGAUGACGCUGACGCCACCGCCUGGAGCGAGUUCCCCAGCCCUCACCAGCUACGCUACGACGUCAGGCUGGUGGGUCAUGAGGGCUACCUCUACGCCAUCGGUGGGGAGUACGAGAAGAUCUCGCUGAAGUCUGUGGAGAGGUACGACGUGGCCUCCGGCACCUGGACGUUCGUCUCUGACUUGCCACAGCCGAGCACGGCGCCAAGCCGCCCCCAGACCUACGGGCCCGGCAGGGUGGCCCACCGCGACAACCUCUACGUCAUGCGCAACGGCCCCUCGGAUGACUUCUUGCGUUGCGUCAUCGACUGCUUCAACCUGACGUCGCGGCAGUGGACCGCCCUGCCCGGGCAGUUCCUCAACAGCAAAGGAGCCCUCUUCACCGCCGUCAUCAGGGGGGACACUGUCUACACCGUCAACAAGAUGCUGACGCUCCUCUACUCGGUGGAAGAGGAGACCUGGAGGUUCAAAAAGGAGCGGGCGGGUUUCCCACGCAGCGGCUCCCUGCAGACCUUCCUCCUGCGGCUGCCGAGACGUGACCAUGACGUCGCGACGUAG